AUGGCAGGACCUUUAGUUUCUGUAGGACAAUCUCCUGAUCAUAGUUCCCAUUCGUUGCACGCUGGGUCAAGCAAAGGGGACUUGUCAAUUUUGAUACUGCCAUUUACUUAUAACCGACCUGUUUCCUACGAUCACAACAAUGGUGAUGUGGAGACUACAGGCGACGAUUUUGAUUCAUGUGACGAGGAAAACAACUACCCAAGCGAGUUUGAUUUCCUCGAUCAAAAACAUGGACAGAUCUGUAGGCGAAAUGGUGAGAAAAAACUUUCCGUAGCUGUGAAGGCCAAAAGGAAAUGUAGUCAACGGGAUACUCGGAAGGUCAUCUCCUCGUCAAAAGGAAGUUUUACAGGAUCUGACGAUUCUGACGUUGGCCUUACUAAUAAGGAAUUGCGGAUCAGGGAAAUAAGGAUUGAGAAUACGAAGAGAAAGCGGGAGAACAAGAUCAAAGCAAAGAAACGGAAAGGGGUUACUGAGAAAACUGAGGUGCAGUCGGAGAAGGAGAAGAAACCUCUAAAAAGCUGUCUUAGAAAAUCUGUAAGGAAGAACCCAGUAAGUGUUUGUGCCAACCAAACAGCCAAUCCACCAUCAUUUUAUAACAAUUCUGACUUUAUUCUUAAUUCAAACAACAACGGUGUUAAAUUUGAAGAUCAGUCAUACAUUAACUUGCUGAUUGAACUUCAAAACCGUGAGAUCACACCUGAGGAUUACGACUUGCUCCUCCAGUUGGAUUCCUCUGUUCAGCCUAAGACCUUAUCUACCGCCCAAAUUAAGAGACUGUUAUCAGAUAAAGUAACAAGUGAAAUUGGUGACUUGUGUAGCAUUUGCAUAGAAGACUAUGUCUCAGGGGAUGAGAGAAACUUUUUGCCCUGUGGUCAUCACUUUCAUAGCUUUUGUAUAAAGACUUGGUUAGGUACUACAUCAGAUAGAUGCCCCAUUGAUGGGAAAGAAGUUAGGUAA